CUGGCUCUGCCUGAGGUUAAUCGGAAUUGCCUCUAUGAAGGAUCACCUGGACAAGCACUACUAGCCUACACCCAAGUUUGUCGCCAAGGUGUUUACAGAUGGGGUGUACUGCCCUUGAUACUCAAGGCUUGUGCUUCUCUUUCGUCGAUAAAUCCUGGGAAAUCGAUGCACGCAGAGUGUAUCAAGUCUGGUGUGAUUUGUGACGUAUCCAUUGGCACCUCAUUGGUUGACAUGUAUGCAAAAUGUGGGGACAUUUUUGAGUCUCGGAAAGAGUUUGAUUGUAUGCCUGAGAGAAAUGUGGUAAGUUGGAAUGCCAUGAUUGGUGGGUACUGGAGAAAUGGGGAUGCAACAUCUGCAUUGUAUUUGUUUGAGAAGAUGUCAGUGCAGACGUAUGUGACUUGGGGUGAGAUGAUCAUGGGGUUUGCGAGGACUGGAGAUACUGUUAGUGCUAGGCGGAUCUUUGAUUAGGUUCCACUAGUGCUGUAGAAUGUGGUUACGUGGACUGUGAUGGUUGAGGGAUAUUGUAACAACGGGCAUAUGGAGAUGGCAAGGGAAGUUUUUGAGGCAAUGCCCCAGCGCAAUUUCUUUGUUUGGUCAUCAAUGAUUUCGAGAUAUUGCAAGAUAGGUAAUGUUGAGGAGGCUAAGCACAUCUUUGAUAGAAUCCCAGUUCGGAACUUGGUGAAUUGGAAUUCAAUGAUAUCUGGAUACGUGUAAAAUGGAUUUUGCGAGGAAGCUCUGAUAGCAUUUGAAAACAUGCAAGCCGAAGGCUUUGAGCCGGAUGAAUUUAGUGUUGUGAGUGUCUUAUCUGCAUGUGCUCAGUCUGGGCUAUUAGAUGGUAGCAAGGUUAUACAUAACAUGUUAAGUCAUAAAAGGAUAAAGCUGAUUCUCAUUGUUCUCAAUGCACUUGUAGACAUGUAUGCAAAAUGUGGUGACUUGAUCAAUGCGAGGCUGAUCUUUGAGGAGAUGAAUGAGAGGAACACUACUUGUUGGAAUGCUAUGAUUUCGAGCUUGGCUAUUCAUGGACAGUGCAAGGAAGCUCUUAAAUUAUUCAGCAGAAUGGAGGACUCCAAAGAAAAGCCUGAUGAGAUAACGUUUCUUUAUGUUCUAUCAGCUUGUGUGCAUGGAGGUUUAGUAGAUGAAGGCAUGGAAGUUUUCUCCAAGAUGCAGAAGAAAUAUGGUUUGGGAGCCGGAAUUAAGCAGUAUGGGUGCUUAGUUGACCUUUUGGGAUGGGCUGGCAGGUUAAGAGAGGCUUACACUUUAGUCAAAUGUAUGCCCAUGAAACCCAAUGACAUGGUUUGGGGAGCUAUGCUUGGCGCUUGCCGGGUUUAUAUGGAUAUGGAAUUGACAGAAGUGAUAGCAAAACAUAUUAGCACCCUAAUUCAAACAUUCCGACAGGCAAUAAUUCACAUUAUGUGCUUCUGUCUAAUAUAUGUACCACUUCUGAUAGAUGGGAGAAAGCUGAAAGAACAAGAAUGCACUUGGUAGAUGAAGGCUUUCAAAAGACACAUGUUCA